CAGUGCACGAGCACUGAUGCCUGCAGACCAGACAGUGAGCUAGCAGAUUCUAAGCGUUUGAUUAACUAAAUCACUUUAUUAUAACAUUUUCCAUAAAUAGACUUUAUGGCGAAGCAAAGCAGCAUUUUCAAAUUUUUCAAUAAGUCUCCGCCACCGGUUCCGAAGGCGAAACCCUCGCCUGCAGAAGCGGACUUGCCAUCCUCGGUUCGAAAAAAGAACAACUCUCCAAAAGAAGAAGCUAAGCAUGCAUCUCAAACUCCGACCACCAAAAAGACUGCUGCAAAAGCGAUCAAAGGCGGAUUCGGCAAACUCUUUGGGAAUAAGACCCCAACAGUAAAGGAGAGGUAAGGCAGAUCAAGUUAGUUAGCUAGCACAACAACAACAACGAGUUGCUUUGGUGUGGCUAGUGGUUUUAGCAGUAGCAAGCUACAGUAGCUAAUUAUAACUCGUGCAGUAAUGACAUUUGAUUUGUGAAAUAGCUAACUCCCUCGUCUACACAGGACAGACGUUAUGUAAUGCAAUACGAUUUAGACAGAUUAGUGGCUGGAUAAAACUAGGUAACCAGUCAGCUGAUCAGUUAACUAGGAAUGUUAUUUGUCACUCAACCAUUCCACACACUUCCAUGUGCAUCCAUUGUCAGACAGUGUUGCUGUUGGAAAAUAAUCAAUUCUGAUCAAGCAUGUCAAUGUACACAGUAACAUGCAUGCGUCCUCAUUUGGCGGGAGAACGUGUCACGUAAUUCAACACUUGCGUGACUGGCAUGAUGUGGGGCUGACGUAGACCCAGGGGUACCAAUUAUAUUGAGAGGGACAAGGCAUCAUAUCUUCACAUCGAUGUAAAACUAUGUUUACGCCUCGAUCACAUCGACAGUGUCAUUGCAUUUUGGUAUACCAGAAGUACCAAAGAUUUUUUAUAACUAAACCAAGAUAGACCACAGCCUGUCGUUUCCAAUGGGAACAAAUGAGUCAUAGUGGGCAGAACAAGCAAGGAGGUGGGCAGAGCCAAGCACGAGCUAGCGAGAUCCUAUUGGCCCGUUCUAGCAUGCAUCUGCAUAUUUCGGUUAGGGGAAGGCCUACUGAAGUGCAUGUGUGCGAUAACUGAAUUCGCCUUUGCACUCCUAAACAACAAGAUUUUUUACAACUUUGGCAAAGGGUAAAGUCUACAAAACUUAGUCCACUCUGUUCAUAACAGAUUCUAGUUUUGGGAACAGAAAACUGUAUUGAGAUCAAAUGUUUAAUUGAUGAGAAUGUCAGCCAAAAUCCAUCUUCUCCCACAGCCAGCCACUGGGCUUCCUCUCACUACCAUAUUUGGUAGUGAGUGGAAACGGCAAGCGGAUGCCUCACAUUUUAUAUAUCCGGUGAAACAUCUGGCUUAUUCUAUCUGUGGAAGUACAUUCAUUUCCAAUGGCGUUUGCCUAGCUGCAGUGUGGUGCAUACGUUGGAUUUAUCGAACGUAUGCGUCAAACUGUAUGCGUAGAUGGCUUGACAGAAAUGGUAGCAGAAGGUGAAUGUUGAACUUUUGUUGCACACAUAUCCAGAUGAUGCUGCGUAACAUUUUGCGCAGUGACGCUGUCUGUCGGUGUGAACGAGGCGUUAGCGGAGUUGAUGACAACCGGAUGCAUCCAGUUUUAAGGGAUACAGGCAGAAACUGCUUAUUCAAUAGAAAUCCCUGAUCACACUUGUAGGCGAUGUCAUUGCGACGUUGGCUAGUUAAGCUCAUGCACAGAAACACGUCAUCGUGUCUAAUGGUCGACCCGUGCCAAACUGCGCCUGUGCAGGCUGUCAAAUCAAAGGCACUCCUUUUGAUAUAAAGUUGUUUUUGACUAAAAUUAAAACUUGUCAGUUUGUCACUUAAACGAGGUUGGAGUAAUAACAUGUUCAACUACUUAAGACAUUUGCUCUAAUCUAGGUUGUGCCUUUUUAGAUUUCGAGAGAAUUAACAACUAAGGAAGUAUUUUUCACUUCUCUCAUUGACUUAUCAAACCCCAAAACCCGGCCUGGUCUGUUUCGCAAGCAUUCCCGGAAGUCUCGCGAUCUUGCACCUCUGGGUUUAGAAACUCUGUGAUACAGCUAAUUCAACCCUAUUCAACCUAGCUUCCUUUUCAGCUGAAACCCGGAUGUGGAAACUCCACUCAGGUGUUUUCUUUUACGCCUGCUACCUUAGGUUAAUGUAAAACAAAUGAAUGAGGGAACUCUAUGGAUGCGUCCCAAUAAUCUCCCUUUCCUCUUGAAGUGUGCACUUGUUCACUCCUCCCCACGAAUGUACAAAGCAUUGGAUUGGCGUAGGCAUGGGCUAGAGUAGGCAAGGGAGUUGCCAUACCAGUAAUUUCCUUUCAAAUCCAUGAAGGGAAGUUCAACAAGUGGACACUUGGGAAGACAGGAGAGAUUAUUACUAGGUAACCUGUUGUCUGAUUUUUAUUCUCCAUCUUCUUUUCUUCCAGUCCAGCACCAUGUCCAUUCAGUGCCGGAGCCUUGGUGUGGGCCAAGCUAGAAGGGCACCCCUGGUGGCCGUGUAUGGUAGUGCCCCAGCCCCUCGGCGGGCAGCAGAUGAGGGGCAGGGGUAAAAGCCAACGCCUGCAUGUCCACUUCUUCGACGAGCCGCCGACCAGGGGCUGGGUCAGCACCAAAUAUAUCCGCGAGUAUCAAGGUGAGAAAGCUAUGAUUUACCUGUGCAAAACUCCCUGCCUGUACUAUCUACAGGGUGCUACGUCACUCACCUACCCCUGUGCAGGUGGACAUCUAUGGUCUAUCUAUUCUUGGUUAGCCUGGCCACAAAUCUGUUUGUUCUGUCUUGCCAACUCCUAUGUGUGUUGUCAUGAAUGACAAUGACCAUAGGAGCAAGACGGCUCAAGAAAAUCUGAUAUCAGGCUAAUUCUAGCUAUGAUAUGGCUAAUGAGGUUAAAUACAAGAUGUAAAACGCAAGAUACCAGUUAAGAGUUAGGCUAUAUUACUACAGCAAUAGCUUCGCCAAUGCAUUUUAUUAAUUAAAUGUUUUUGGCACUGAGCAAAAUGCAUCCCAUAACAUUUUAACAUGGAAAUAGCUGUUCUAUCAUUCAGCCUACAGUAGCAGCCAAAGUGUGGUGUUCAAUGUAGGUCUACAUUCCAUGAUACUUUUGGAAAAAAAACAUGCAGGGUUUGACAUUAACCUGUUUAUGCACUUGUCCUUCAGACAAGGAGGUGACUGAAAAUGUUGUGGUGUUUGAUGCAAGAAACCACUUUACAAAAUAUAAUGCAUUAUUAUUCCCAUACCAUUAUUACAGAAAAUCAGACAUUAUGCUACCCUCUGCCUAUUGGCUACUUAGCUCAAAAUACAACACUGCCCCUUUAAGACAAAAAACAACUCUUUACCCCACUCGCUUUUCAAAGAUGUCUAGAAAUGUAAAUGUUUUGUGCUCUUGUAGGAAGCAAUCACUCCCCUACUGCUGACUACAAAUGAUCUAUAACUGGGCUAAUAACUCACUAACUAGCAAAGGAUAUGAACAAAAUGUGCACACGUGGCUACAUGCAGCUCUUGCUUUGAUCUCCAAACAAGCGCAUCUACUCUCAACCGCUCAUGCUGUUAACACAGUCCAGUUCAACGUAAAUGGCACAGAUCCAUAAAUGGCAAUGGUCUAUUUGCAUAUAGGCCUACUGCAGCUCUGAUUGUUUAUGCCGCACCGGUCUGUGUAGAGUACGGGCUGAGUAGUACGUGUCAAUGCAAUAGAAUUCUACUCCGAUGUGUUCUGCCUACAACAAAAUCUCUUGUAUAGUUCGUUUUGUUUCGGUAUGUUGCAUUGAAAGUGGCUAAUAUUGGGUUGAAUCAAUCACAAUUGCCACAGUAAAGGGAAACGUUGAUAGUGUUAACAGGGAAAACUCUAGAAGUGGUCACCAACCUUUUCUGAGUCAAAAUGCGAGAUAUACCGCUCAGAUUCUUUUAACAUGACUUAAAAAAACGUAUGCCUAUGCAACAUUAACCAAUUAAAAACAGUUCUGUAGCAGUGAGGUUUGUGCAGUAAGCUAUAGGCCCAAUACAUUAUCAACACAUAUUGGCUUUGCUUGAAUUGCCCUGUCAAUGCAUUGUUGUUUAGGCCAUUUAAAAAAAUCAUAUUUCAAAAUUUGAGGUAGGCUAGAUGAUCACACCGGUAAUAGAUCCGUUGUUGUAUUACUUGAGGCACAGCUGAGUGAGCAUACGUUUAAAUAAUUUGAUGGCGCCUGCAUCUGAUGGUCAGUCUCAGCGGAGGGAGAGAGCAGCAGCCUGAGGGUCCGCCUCUCAACAUCCCUCCGCUCUCCCUUUCCUCCACUGACACUGACCAAAAAGGGACACCGUCUUCCAGCUGAUGGUGAAACUCGAGUUGCACCGCAUUAUUUCUGCGACUGCAUUGUUACUCCUAUGAACAGAGAAAGUGAAAUAUUCCUCAAAAUUAAAAAAGACCCAAGCAGCUAAUAAUAACAACGCAAGCCUAUAGAUACACUUUCCUACUCAUUCAUUACUGCUGCAGUGCUUGUUGUAGCGCUGAGUGGAAAUAGGAAGAAAGCGCAUUUUGUGGCUUAUAAAAGUGUUGAAUACAAAGUGUUGACAGUGCUGAGUAAGAACUUAAACAUGAACUCACUAAUAAAAACAGCAGCUCUUUGCUGUAUUCAUUGACAUUUUCUCUUUAGUCAUGGGUUUUAAACGUUUUGAAAUCAGUAUCAACAUUGCUGUAGAUUUCUUAUGCCUGUUACGUUACUGCAGACACAGUAAUCUGAGCCAUCCGAUUGGCCAGCGGUAGGCCUGUAGUGCACUUCAUUUGCUCUCUGGGCCCGCCGGGAAGGCAGAGUUUGUACCUUUAGACACAUGACCUGUUUCUAAAUGGCAACAGUUUGCCUACUCAGCGCGCAGGGCAGCUGAAUCGGGUGCACCCCCCCAAAAAAGGAACACAGCUUUAUCGUUGGGUUUUUUACAGAAAUAUUUGGCGAUCCACUAGGAAUGCCUUCGCGAUCGACCGGUUGGUUGGUGACCACUGCUCUAGAAAGUGAAGUUCAAUCUCGUGCUUCUCUCUGUGGGCUGAUAUUUCUGCGCAGCAGUCCCGGGGCUACUGCGCGCGCAGCUUAGACAGAACAUUGUUCUAGAGCCAUAUACAGUACCAGUCAAAAGUUUGGACACGCCUACUCAUUCCAGGGUUUUUCUUUAUAUUUAUUAUUUUCUACAAUGUGGAAUAAUAGUGAAGACAUCAAAACUAUGAAAUAACAUAUGGAAUCAUUCAAGACUGUUGGAAAAGCAUUCCAGGUGAAGCUGGUUGAGAGAAUGCCAAGAGUGUGCAAAGCUGUCAUCAAGGCAAAGGGUGGCUACUUUGAAGAAUCUCAAAUAUAAAAUAUAUUUUGAUUUGUUUAACACUUUUUUGGUUACUACAUGAUUCCAUAUGUGUUUAUUUAAAAGUUUUGAUGUCUUCACUAUUAUACAAUGUAAAAAAUUAAGAAAAACCCUUGAAUGAGUAGGUGUGUCCAAACUUUUGACUAGUACUGUACACUUUGGAGUGUACUAAAAAUAAUGUUGCUUCUCACUUGUACUCCAUCCCAGGCUCGGACAGCAGUGAUGCUAAGACGGGAGGGGUGUUCUUCAGUGGUAAGCCUGUGAUCCGCAGGGCCAUGGAGCUGGCUGAUGCUGCUAUGCCAGACAGCUCAGAGACCAGACUGAAGAUGCCUGUCUGUAUGGACCCAUCUGAUGCUGAGGAGGAGGAGGAGGAGGAUAUGGAGGUGAGAGAACCUUUUCGUUUGUACGGAAACCUUUCCGUAUGUACUGCUGCUAACAUUGCAUUUCCCUUUGAUACUUUAUUAAUCCACAAUCUGUCUAUCUAGACGCAUUUUAAUGCAAAUGUAAGCCAGUAUCAAAACCUUUUUCAUUUUGUAGUGUACAUUGGACUUACCACUCAAUAAUGAUAAAUACUGUAUCAUUAUAUACUCUUACUCUGUCUCGUUGUGUGCAAACUAGCAAGUGUAAAGUAAAUGUGUUUAAUAUUUUCAAACAUAAUGUGCCUAGAUUAUUUAUUUCCCCUUCUUCCAACAGCUUGAUAAGUCAGCACUGACUGACGAAGACUUGACUGAAGAGGAAGAUGAUGAGACAGUGAAGUCAAAGCCUAGUCGCCGUUCAUCCCGCACCACAGCAGAACAGGGCAGCAAGUCCAAGCGUCGCCGCAUUGUGGUCGCCUCCGACAGUGAAGACUCGGGUGAUGAAUUCAAACCAGAACAGGCCGGAGGUAGCAGUGAGGAAGAUGACGAGGAAGAGGAGGUAGUGAACAGUGCGUCGGAGGAGGAGGAAGAUGCAGAAAGUGAACACGAGGCUGAACCCGGUAGCCCAGUUAAACCGGUGAAACGCAAACGACCCGCAGAGAAGCCAUCCAGUGCCAAACCAAAACCCAAGAUUCCCACUCUUCCCGAACCCGCCAAGAGAGCCCCCUUAACUAGCACCAUCACAGCCGACACCAAGUCUCGACUCUCAGCCUUUUCGGCCCCGGAGAGCUUCGACAGCCAAGCGAUUGGCUCAGUUGCCGGCGGACAAGGUGGGGCUACGGUAUGGGACCAUGAGAAGCUUGAUUGGCUACAGGAAGGCCGGAGGAAAGACACCAAGAGACGGAGACAGUCUGAGGAAGACUACGACCCCACGACUCUCUACGUCCCAGAAGACUUCCUGAACAAAACGACCCCAGGCAUGCGGCGUUGGUGGCAGCUCAAGUCGGAGACGUUCGACGCCGUGCUCUUCUACAAGGUACUAUCAAUCAUUCAAAUGUAUUUAUGAAGUCCUUUUUAUAUCAGCAGUUGUCACAGUGUUACAAAGUAACCCGGCCUAGAUUUUGGAUAGGAUUUUCCCAUGCUAGUCUGUGUUUGUUGUGCUGUAUUUUGGUGGCGGUGCAAUGCUUCUUUGUGUAACAUACAUUCACCGGCCAGUUUAUUAGGUACACCCAUCUAAUACUGGGUCAGACACCCCCUUUGCCUCCAGAACAGCCUGACUUCUUGGAGAUUCUUCAUUGAACAUGCUUUUUAGUCUAGGACUAGGCUAAAUCUGUGGCUGUGAAACUGUCCUUUAGUGUCCUCAUCUCUCUUGAAAGGUGCAAAUAAAAUGUAUUAUUACUCAGGUGGGUAAGUUCUAUGAGCUGUACCACAUGGACGCUGUGAUCGGUGUCAACGAGCUGGGUCUGACCUUCAUGAAGGGGGCCUGGGCCCACUCUGGCUUCCCCGAGAUUGGCUUUGGACGCUUCUCAGACGGACUGGUGCAGAAGGGAUACAAGGUGGGGGAGCCAUUUUGAAACUAUGUUUUUUAAAUGAAAGCUUAGACUCACCCUUUUAAAAGAAAGCUUAACCUUGUCCAAAAUAAUAUUGCUAUAUGUAACUAUUGAUUUUCCCCCCCUUCCCCCCCAUCACUACUGUUUUGCUGGCAAACCAAUUUCUCCUCAGUCAUUAAUAAAGUAUUUCUUAUGUUAGGUGGCGCGAGUGGAGCAGACGGAGACUCCAGAUAUGAUGGAGGCUCGCUGUAAGACCAUGCUGAAGCCCACCAAAUUUGACCGGGUGGUGCAGCGCGAGGUGUGCCGAAUCAUCACACGGGGAACACAGACCUACAGCGUGUUGGACGGAGCCCCUUCUGAGACACAGAGCAAAUACCUCCUGAGCAUCAAGGAGAAGGUAGGAUGUGUUUUGUGAUGCGUUAUACAGUGCAUUUGUAAAGUAUUCAGACCCCUACAUUCUUUCCAAAUUUUGUUACGUUACAGCCUUAUUCUAAAAUGGAUUAAAUUGUUUUUUUUCUCAUUAAUCUACACACAAUACCCCAUAAUGACAAAGCAAAAACAUUUUUUAUAGCUAAUUUAUUUUAAAAAAAAAAUAGAAAACAUUACAUUUACAUAAGUAUUCAGACCCUUUACUCAGUACUUUGUUGAAGCACCUUUUGGCAGCGAUUACAUCCUCAAGUCUUCUUGGGUAUGAUGCUACAAGCUUGGCACACCUGUAUUUGGGGAGUUUCUCCCAUUCUUCUCUGCAGAUCCUCUCAAGCUCUGUCAGGUUGGAUGGAUGGGGAGCGUCGCUGCACAGCUAUUUUCAGGUCUCUCCAGAGAUGUUCGAUUGGGUUCAAGUCCGGGCUCUGGCUGGGCCACUCAAGGACAUUCAGAGACUUGUCCCAAAGCCACUCCUGCGUUGUCUUGGCUGUGUGCUUAGGGUUGUUGUCCUGUUGGAAGGUGAACCUUCGCCCCAGUCUGAGGUCCUGAUCGCUCUGGAGGAGGUUUUCAUCAAGGAUUUCUCUGUUCAUCUUUCCCUCAAACCUGACUAGUCUCCCAGUCCCUGCCGCUGAAAAACAUCCCCACAGCAUGAUGCUGCUACCACCAUGCUUCACCGUAGGGAUGGUAUUGGCCAGGUGAUGAGCGAAUGUUCCAAAAUGCAAUUUGCGGGAAAACACAGUUCUAAAUAUCCAUUCAAAAUGUAGAAAGAGGGACGAUCUAAAGAUGCAACUAUCAUGGGUUGCUAAUAUUACUAGGAUAAUGCCUUUGGCUGCUAGACAAUGAAAGGAAGUUGAUUAUUUGAAAACCAAUAGAACAGUCAGGAGAGCGCAUAUGAGGAAGUGUUUAUAAAAUAUUUCCCUGAACAUUUUUAUGGUUGGAUUUUGGUAGAUGGAAGGGCUUUUCCAAAAACCUUAUCAAUUAAAUGUUAACUAGCUAUGCCUACUGGCAGAAUGACAUAAUGAUGAUUACUUGCAUCAAUCCAGUGGCAAUUUGUUUUGCAAACUCAAUCUUGUGCGCUACAGAAACACGAGUAACCAAAAAACAGUGCUAGGGGCCUGCACACUUGAAUUAAAGGGUAACUACACUCAAAUCAAAAUUUCUUAAGAUUUUUCCCAGACCUCAAAAGUGGUCUCCUGAUGUGGUUUAAGCAUUGUUGUGGACUUAGAACAUCCAAAUGUGUAUUUUUUUUAUUUGUUGAAAGUGUGACUUCGACAGCAAGAGCAAAAUGGUAAAAAUCAGAAACCUGUGAAUUUCUCAGUCCACAGCCUCAUUUAUCUGUUUCAAUAGUAGGGCUAUUAUUAGCCUACUUCACAGUACAGCUUGGGUUGGCCUGACUGUGAAAGACCAAUAUGGGAUUUAUCAAUUUAGGUAAUUCAGUGUUUGCCACUGUUUCUCAUUGAAUUUCUCACAAAUGGUGCCAUUCCUUCACCGGGCGGGCCGUUUUGGGUAAUUUUGGGGCAAAAUUAGAUACCCACUUCUCCAGGCACCACUACACCACUGAGUUCAACUACCACCAAGCUAAUGCAAAAUGUAGUUAAAUUACUAGUUGAACUACAUGUAGUUCACUACUCUGCAACUCUGAGUUUGGGUCAAACUCCUCUAACCUUGAGUUGAGAGUAGGCCUCAGUCCCAGAAUGUUAGCAAAGCUGCACUACAAGCCUGAACUUUCUCAAUGUCAUUUUUUUAAUGAACUAACCCUUUAAACUGUGCAGGAAUAUGUUUUGCAUCACAAAGUAUAACCUCCUCUCAUCUCAAGGCAGAGGAGGAGAGUUCAGGGCGCUGCAGGACCUAUGGGGUCAGCUUCGUAGAUACAUCUGUAGGGUACUUCCAUGUGGGCCAAUUCCAGGACGACCGACACUGCUCCCGGCUCCGCACCCUGGUGUCACAUUAUGCCCCCGCACAGGUCAGGCACUACUUUUACAGCACAGGAGGUUGGUGGCACCUUAAGUGGGGAGGACGGGCUCGUGGUAAUGGUUGUCGCGGAAUAAGUGGAAUGGUAUCCAAUACGUCAAACACAUGAUUUCCAUGGUUUCCAGGUGUUUGAUGCCAUUCACUCCGUUCCAGACAUUAUUAUGAGCCGUCCUCCCCUCAUCAGCCUCCACUGUUCUACAGCCUCAAUUGUUCAACACUAACAAUUUAAACUUGUUAACUUCUUCCACUACCAUAAAAAUAUGUUUGGACAGCUGAAGGAAGUCACACAAUUAUUAUUAUUUAGGGAAAUUACCCUAUCUAGUUUUCAUAACACUUACAGCAUAUCACAAUCACCCAACAACAACAAGACACACAACAUUGAUCUGCCCCGUCCUGGUCAAAAAUGUUUUUAGACAUAAAGGAACAUUUUAUAUACAUUUUCCUUUCUUUUCUUUCUGUUCACACAGGUGCUCUUCGAGAAGGGGAACCCUUCUGCCGAAACCCGUAAAAUCUUCAAGGCUUCUUUGUCCUCGGCUAUGCAGGAGGGGCUGACUGCAGGUUCGCAGUUCUUUUUCAAUACUUUAUUUACAAUGAUACUGAUGACAGAUUUACAAUGACCCCUUCCUCUCCCAUACUUCCCAUCUGUAAUGCACAUCUUUAUGUUGAUACGAAAAAUUGUCAGGCGUCUGAUAUCGUUUGUUGAACUUUACUUUACCAACAUUGUUGUUCACUUGCUUUCUCGCUCAACUAGUGCAUGAGUAAAACAUGGAAUGUAAUACUGUUUAUCGGUUAUCAAUAUAAUGAAAACAUGGACUGGAAUACUGUUGAUCGGUUAUCAAUAUAAUGAAAACAUGGACUGGAAUCGCAGUAAUGUUCACUACAUUACACCCUCCUCCCUCUAAACAGGCUCCCAGUUCUGGGACGCUCAGAAGACCCUGAAGACCCUAGCUGAGGAAAACUACUUUAAGGAGAGCGUGGGGAAGGAUGAGGAGUCUGGGAGCAGUGUUCUCCCCUCUGUCCUCAAAUCCAUGACGUCUGAGAGCGACUCGUUGGGUCUGACCCCUAAGGAGGGUUAUGAGUUGGCCCUGUCGGCCCUGGGAGGGUGUAUUUUCUACCUGAAGAAAUGUCUGGUAGACCAGGAGCUGCUGUCCAUGACCAACUUCAAGGUAGGGAUGUCAAUGGUUAACCGAUUAGCCAACCAUAAUAAUGAAGCAAGUUAAACUUGAUUGGUUUAAUGCUUAAUUUGUAUUAUGAACGUUUGCUAACCAUAAAUUAGUAAAUGUUGAAGGAAAAUAAGUAGCCCAAUAGAGCAUUCAGCCUUAAUAUCCUGCUAAGCUGGCUAGCUUGCUACUCCGUAAAUGUAGUUAGUUUGAGCCUUUCAGGCGUAGCCCGGUCCCAGAUCUGUUUAUGCUUUUGCCUACUCUUGUCAUUGUCAAACCAAACAUUGCAUGACAAAUCCCUAAGGAGUUGGCAAGAGAGCAGAAACAGACUGGCAUCCAGUCUAUUCCAGGGGUGCACUAAGUCAUGAUUGUAUCCCAAAUUCUAGGAAUACGUCCCGGUGGACGUGGAGAUGGAGAAGGCAGCUGGGCCGACCCACUUCUUCUCACAGACCCGUCAGCGUAUGGUCCUGGACGGGGUGACCCUAGCCAACCUGGAGAUCCUGCAGAAUGGUUCGGGGGGUACAGAGGGGACCCUGUUGGAACGCCUAGAUACCUGUAGUAGUCCAUUUGGUAAAAGGUUGCUGAAGCAAUGGCUCUGUUCCCCGCUCUGUAACCCCACAUCCAUAGGUGAGGGGCACACGAAAAUACACAAACGCAGACACACACCUAUUGUUUUCAUUGGUUGGUUUGCUAUUGUCUUAUUUUUUUGAUUUGCUGUCUUUGGGUUAUUGAAAUGCUCUAUAUAAACCCCAUGUAUUAUAAUGAUUAUAGGGGAGCGCCUGGAUGCCCUGGAGGACCUGAUGGGAGUGCAGGCCCAGGCUACGGAGGUCUCAGACCUGCUCAAGAAGCUCCCUGAUCUGGAGAGGCUCCUCAGUAAGAUCCACAGCAUCGGUACUCAGAAGGGUCAGGACCACCCGGACAGCAGGGCUGUUCUGUAUGAAGAGGUCACCUACAGUAAGAGAAAGAUUGCUGACUUCCUCUCGGCUCUGGAGGGCUUCAAGACCAUGCAGGAGAUUGUGUCCAUACUAGGACCGGUCGCGGUCGACUUCCGGUCCAGGCUGCUGUGCCAGGUUUGUACACUACACACCACAACACUACCUGUCACUUGAAUUGUUAUUUUUACUAUACUAAUUCUUUACUUUUUAACUGUCCUGUAUUGUCUUGUGAUUGUUUUAAGUGUUGUGAUUAUUUGUAUUUAUGUUUUUUACUAUGGUUGUAACUAAGCAUGACAAACUGAUUUCCUCUUGGCAAUUUAAUAAAGUACAAUUUCAUGUAAUCUCAUCAGGUGGUCAACCUGAAGGAUGAUGGUCAGGAAGGCCUCUUCCCUGACCUGUCGGCCGAGCUGAAACGCUGGGACACAGCCUUCGACCACCAGAAGGCACGCACCACCGGAGUCAUCACCCCUAAGGCUGGCUUUGACCCAGAGUUUGACCAGGCUCUCAGUGGCAUCAAGACCUGUGAGAAGGACCUACAGGACUACCUUGACAGGUACCUUCAUCACUUGAGACACACAUUUAGGAAACCUUCCCAGGCUCAGAUUACUCCUAGUCUUGGACUAAAAAGCAUGCCCAAUGGAGAAUGGAAAUUGAAAUAGCGAAAAAGCUAUUUUCUUCAUGGACAAAUGUAAAAUACAGUUAACAAACUUGAAUGUUGCCAGGCAGAAGAAGAGGCUGGGCUGCAGGAACCUGACCUACUGGGGGACGGGACGGAACCGCUUCCAGAUGGAAGUACCAGACAGCGUCUCAGAGAGGAACAUACCUGAGGAGUACAAGGUCAGAGUGGCUGAAAACAAUGCCAUUUUCAGGGGUUCAAUUUCCGCUGGGGGAAAAAAAAAGUCUGCCAAAUUACAAAUAAUGAGUGUUCCACAAUGUGGUUUUUAAUCUGUAGUAUGUCUUGUCAAAUAUUGUGGAGUGACAGUUUAGCAAACUUUUCUGAACUCUAUUUAAUCAGGUGAAGUCCACGAAGAAGGGCUGGAAGCGCUACUGGACGAGGGAGAUAGAGCGUCUGUUCUCAGAGCUACAGAAUCUCGAGGAGAAGAGAGACGCAGCUCUGAAGGACUGCAUGAGAAGACUCUUCUACAACUUUGACAAGAACUACAGGGACUGGCAGACUGGGGUGGAGUGCAUGGCUGUGCUAGGUAAGCUUUGCUUUAUUAGGUUUAUUUAACUGGCUCAAUGAGAGGACCACAAUGGAAACAAGUCUUCUGAGUAUCCUGGGCAAUUUUACACAUUUGUGUGUAUUUUAAAUUGUCAAAUCAAAUGCACAUUGAUCAACAUCUUCUCAUGAGCAUGAUCAUGCACAUGUACAGUACCAGUCAAAAGUUUGGACACACCUACUCAUUUAAGGGUUUUUCUUUAUUUUUACUAUUUUCUACAUUGUAGAAUAAUAGUGAAGACAUAAAAACUAUGAAAUUAACACACAUGGAAUCAUGUAGUAACCAAAAAAGUGUGAAACAAAUCAAAAUAUAUUUUAUACAGUGGGAAGAACAAGUAUUUGAUACACUGCCGAUUUUGCAGGUUUUCCUACUUACAAAGCAUGUAGAAGUCUGUAAUUUUUAUCAUAGGUACACUUCAACUGUGAGAGACGGAAUCUAAAACAAAAAUCCAGAAAAUCACAUUGUAUGAUUUUUAAGUAAUUCAUUUGCAUUUUAUUGCAUGACAUAAGUAUUUGAUACAUCAGAAAAGCAGAACUUAAUAUUUGGUACAGAAACCUUUGUUUGCAAUUACAGAGAUCAUACGUUUCCUGUAGGUCUUGACCAGGUUUGCACACACUGCAGCAGGGAUUUUGGCCCACUCCUCCAUACAGACCUUCUCCAGAUCCUUCAGGUUUUGGGGCUAUCGCUGGGCAAUAUGGACUUUCAGCUCCCUCCAAAGAUUUUCUAUUGGGUUCAGGUCUGGAGACUGGCUAGGCCACUCAAGGACCUUGAGAUGCUUCUUACGGAGCCACUCCUUAGUUGCCCUGGCUGUGUGUUUCGGGACGUUGUCAUGCUAGAAGACCCAGCCACGACCCAUCUUCAAUGCUCUUACUGAGGGAAGGAGGUUGUUGGCCAAGAUCUCGCGAUACAUGACCCCAUCCAUCCUCCCCUCAAUACGGUGCAGUCGUCCUGUCCCCUUUGCAGAAAAGCAUCCCCAAAGAAUGAUGUUUCCACCUCCAUGCUUCACGGUUGGGAUGGUGUUCUUGGGGUUGUACUCAUCCUUCUUCUUCCACCAAACACGGCGAAUGGAGUUUAGACCAAAAAGCUCUAUUGUUUGUCUCAUCAGACCACAUGACCUUCUCCCAUUCCUCCUCUGGAUCAUCCAGAUAGUCAUUGGCAAACUUCAGACGGGCCUGGACAUGCGCUGGCUUGAGCAGGGGGACCUUGCGUGCGCUGCAGGAUUUUAAUCCAUGACGGCGUAGUGUGUUACUAAUGGUUUUCUUUGAGACUGUGGUCCCAGCUCUCUUCAGGUUAUUGACCAGGUCCUGCCGUGUAGUUCUGGGCUGAUCCCUCACCUUCCUCAUGAUCAUUGAUGCCCCACGAGGUGAGAUCUUGCAUGGAGCCCCAGACUGAGGGUGAUUGACCGUCAUCUUGAACUUCUUCCAUUUUCUAAUAAUUGCGCCAACAGUUGUUGCCUUCUCACCAAGCUGCUUGCCUAUUGUCCUGUAGCCCAUCCCAGACUUGUGCAGGUCUACAAUUUUAUCCCUGAUGUCCUUACACAGCUCUCUGUUCUUGGCCAUUGUGGAGAGGUUGGAGUCUGUUUGAUUGAGUGUGUGGACAGGUGUCUUUUAUACAGGUAACCUGUUCAAACAGGUGCAGUUAACAGGUAAUGAGUGGAGAACAGGAGGGCUUCUUAAAGAAAAAAUAACAGGUCUGUGAGAGCUGGAAUUCUUACUGGUUGGUAUGUGAUCAAAUACUUAUGUCAUGCAAUAAAAUGCAAAUGAAUUACUUAAAAAUCAUACAAUGUGAUUUUCUGGAUUUUUGUUUUAGAUUCCGUCUCUCACAGUUGAAGUGUACCUAUGAUAAAAAUUACAGACCUCUACAUGCUUUGUAAGUAGGAAAACCUGCAAAAUCGGCAGUGUAUCAAAUACUUGUUCUCCCCACUGUAUUUGAGGUUCUUCAAAUAGCCACCCUUUGCCUUGAUGACAGCUUUGCACACUCUUGGCAUUCUCUCAACCAGCUUCACCUGGAAUGCUUUUCAAACCGUCUUGAAGGAGUUCCCACAUAUGCUGAGCACUUGUUGGCUGCUUUUCCUUCACUCUGCCGUCCGACCCGGUUGAGUCCGGGGGAUUGUGGAGGCCAGUUCAUCUGAUGCAGCACUCCAUCACUCUGCUUCUUGGUAAAAUAGUCCUUACACAGCCUGGAGGUGUGUUGGGUCAUUGUCCUGUUGAAAAACAAAUGAUAGUCCCACUAAGCCCAAACCAGAUGGGAUGGCGUAUUGCUGCAGAAUGCUGUGGUAGCCAUGCUGGUUAAGUGUGCCUUGAAUUCUAAAUAAAUCACAGACAGCGUCACCAGCAAAGCACCCCCACACCAUAACACAUCCUCCUCCAUGCUUUACGGUGGGAACUACACAUGCAGAGAUCAUCCGUUCACCCACAUCGCGUCUCACAAAGACAUGGCGGUUGGAACCAAAAAUCUCAAAUUUGGACUCCAGACCAAAGGACACAUUUCCACCGGUUUAAUGUCCAUUGCAAGCGUUUCUUGGCCCAAGCAGGUCAUAAUAUGGAUUUGGUCUUUUACCAAAUAGGGCUAUCUUCUGUAUACACCCCCUACCUUGUCACAACACAACGGAUUGGCUCAAACGCAUUAAGGAGGAAAUUCCACAAAUUAACUUUUAACAAGGCACACCUGUUAAUUGACAUGCAUUCCAGUUGACUACCUCAUGAAGUUGGUUGAGAGAAUGCCAAGAGUGGCAAAGGGUGGCUAUUUGAAGAAUCUCAAAUAUGAAAUAUAUUUUGAUUUGUUUAACACUUUUGUUUGGUUGCUGCAUGAUUCCAUAUGUGUUAUUUCAUAGUUUUGAUGUCUUCACUAUGAGUCUACAAUGUAAAAAUUAAAGAAAAACCCUUGAAUGAGUAGGUGUCCAAACUUUUGACUGGUAGUGUAGGUCCACUUGAAUUCAGAAGAAUGAACGACUCAAUAAACCUACAGCAUUAUACUUAUAGAUAAAUAUUAAGUUGCAGCCAGGUGCUGCUGGUUGCCAUAGAUACAGUUUAUGGACCUGGUGAGCCACAGACAUUGGUUUGUUGACAAUGCAUAAACACGUUUGCAAACUGAUAUUUUACACCCAUUAUAGUGGUCCUCUGUAGCUCAGCUGGUAGAGCACGGCGCUUGUAACACCAGGGUAGUGGGUUCGAUCCCCGGGACCACCCAUACACAAAAAUGUAUGCACGCAUGACUGUAAGUCGCUUUGGAUAAAAGCGUCUGCUAAGUGGCAUUAUUAUUAUUAUUAUUAUUAUUAUUAUUAUUAUUAUUAUAAUAAUAAACAGUAGGCUGAAUAAUCAUAUUUGGCAGGGGUUUGAACCGGUUCAGGGAACUGAACCAAAAACUGGAAAAUAACGUAAUUUUCUGAGCAACGGAACAGGGAACGAAUGUGAUCUCUACUGUUCUGGAACAGAACCUUUAUUUUAAAAGCAUGGGAACCGGUUUAUAAUUGUAUUUUAUGUUCCGGACAUUUUUUCCAGUCCUACGAAAAACUAAAACAAAACACCUAAGCAAAGCCCUCACUAUCACUCAAACGUAUUCCAGCGUCUGCCUGCUUGCCAGCUGGAAAUCUUUACCAGUGUGUGUGCGUGUAGGCUACCUGCCCCUCCCCCUCCGAAGCAUAGUCUACUGUAGCCCCUCCCCCUCCGAAGCAUAGUCUACUGUAGCCCCUCCCGCUCCGAAGCAUAGUCUACUGUAGCCCCUCCCGCUCCGAAGCAUAGACUACUGUAGCCCCUCCCGCUCCGAAGCACAGACUACUGUAGCCCCUCCCGCUCCGAAGCACAGACUACUGUAGCCCCUCCCGCUCCGAAGCACAGACUACUGUAGCCCCUCCCGCUCCGAAGCAUAGACUACUAGAGCCCCUUCACCUCCGAUGCAUAGACUACUAAAGCCCCUCCACCUCCGAAGCAUAGACUACUGUAGCCUACUGACCUAUACAAGCAUGAUUCAGAAGAUAUAUUUUUAAUAACAGAAGAAUGGAUUAACCUUUUCAAUGCUAGUUAAGAAUACUAUAGUUAUCACAUUACACAAUGGAUUAAUUAAUUACAAAAAAAGGUAAGAUGUGUUUUUAAUUCUCAUGCAGCUCUGCACACACAAGCUUGUUAGCUAGCUCUGGUUUAGCGUUAAGUUCAAAGGACAUUCAAAGUUCCUCCAUAGAAGCCGCUCCUCCGUAGGUAUAAUUCUGUGGGCCUAAUUCAGAUAAUGCAUGUCAUAACAAGAUGCCCAGCACUUCAAGCCAAACCACCUCCACUCUCUCCACACCUGCAAAAUGUAAUUCGCAUCUCACGCCUUACACUUGUCAGUCCAUUACGCAUUUAAACAACUAGCUUACCUGCUCCAUAGCAAGCUGCUCUAUCCGCACUGAUUGGUGAAGUAAUUCAAUUAGCUGUUCUAAACAAACAGAGUAAAAACUUAUAGAUGACUAGGAAAAGCUCAACCCAAGUUUAUUCCCCACUGGGUCAAACGGCUACAAAGACAUGUUUACACAAGCACAUAUAUUUAUACCCUCCUACUAGGCGUAGUCAAGUCCUUGCACAUCUAGACAGCCAAUACAUCUCUGUUGCUAGUCAGGAACUUAAAUUGGUUCCUUUCACUGGUGUAGUCAUGGCCCCGCCUCCUGCUAGAACCUUCGUGGGUGUGGAAAUGUGUGUGGGACUGUUCUUUCUCACUUCAUCUGACCUCGGGCCAAAUUCCUCGCACCUCCCUAAUCCACGACUGUCCUACCUUAUCAGUGACUGAAACCAGACUGUUGCCCUUUGCCUCCCUCCUUAGGAGCCAUGAGAUUUAACAAUACCAUAUUUUGACAGAAUGUAGACUUUCAGCACUCCCCCUUCCUCACUCAGUAACUUUCCAUACACCUUCUUCUUUUCCACCCUCCAUUGACCCCAACAUAUACAUUCCUUAUACAUGUAAAGUAAUCAAUAAGUUCUGGUAUGGUAACAUGAAUAAGUAUAUUUCAAGCUAGAAUCCAACAAAGCUAAAUGUAAAAAAAACUGAUUUCACAGGUUAAAUAAGGAAUGGAACAAUAUAAACCGGGACUUUUUUGGCGGGGUUGUACCUGUUCAGAACUCUAUUUUGCUGGUUGGAACAGUACAAAAAAAUAGUGGUUCAGAACGAAACGAUUGGAAAAUAAUUUAGGUUUCAACCACUGCAUUGCAUCACUUGGCAUGCCUACUUUUUUUACCACGCCACAUUAGCCUUACUCAGUUCUGCUCUAAUGAAAACAGCAGGAGAAAAGAGAUGAUUGCAUUGUUAAUGAUUGAGCUCUACUGCAGCAACAUAAUGUGUUUCACUAACAGCCUUGUCUGGGUCAUUACUCUGCUAAGCAUUGGAUGAGUCCCAAAUGGCACCCUAUUCCUUUUAUAGUGUAUUACUUUUGACCAGGGCCUAGGGUCAUAAGUAGUGCACUAUAUAGGGAAUAGGGUGCCAUUUGGGACACAUCCAUUGUGUGUAGUUAUGUUUACUCCAGAGAGCUACGCUGCUAAAACAACCCUAUUAGAUAUUAAUGAACUUAAUGAGGACAGAACACUGCCAGUGUUGGUCUAAAGGAGAGGAUGGUAUGGAUGGGGAUUGACUGGGCUUGGAUGGUUGCCUUGAAGCCAAUGUGGUCAAUGAGAGGCCAUCACAAUAUUAAGUGCAUUUUACAUUUGGUUUAUAUUUUAUGUUCAUCGUGUGUUUAAGUACUAUUUUGUAAGAUGUAACUAACUUCAGACAUGCAUCAUUUAUACACAAACAACACAUCUACAUACAACACAUCUACAAAAACAAAAUGUAUGUUUAUAUACUAAGUUAGGAUCUGCUUUUACUUUUUACCUGUGUAGAUGUGUUGCUGAGUCUGACACGGUACAGCCAGGGGGGAGACGGAGGACCAAUGACACGGCCUCAAGUACUACUUCCUGGUGACGUCAGCCAAUCAGCAGCCUUCCUGGACCUGAGGGGCUCCCGCCACCCCUGUGUCACCAAAACCUUCUUUGGUGAUGACUUCAUCCCUAACGACAUCGCUAUUGGCUGCCCUGGCGGCGAGGAGGGGCAGGAGGAUAAAGGACACGCCCCCUGCGUGCUGGUCACCGGGCCUAACAUGGGAGGAAAGUCUACUCUAAUGAGACAGGUAUGGGUUUUUCUUUCAACUUUCACUUUCAACUUUAUUUGUCCCAGAGAGAAACUGGUUGUGCAGCAAGAUCACACCAAGACACACAAUAAACAUUCAACAGGAAUGGCAGUUGAUCUUGAACCUCACCUGGGUCCUGUGUGUACUUUUGUUUCUUCUGUAGUUGUUGGCUUGAAGUUGUUAGAUUUCACCCUGUGGUGGUUCUGUGUUCCUGGCACAGUCUGGACUAGUAGUGAUUAUGUAUUUACUUGGUCCUGAUGUGUAUUUCAUCCUGUGCUUGGUCACUCCUCCCACAGUGUGGUCUGGUGGUGAUCUUGGCCCAGUUGGGUUGCUAUGUUCCUGCUGAGAGCCUGUCCUUCACACCUGUGGACAGAGUCUUCACCCGCUUGGGAGCAUCUGACCGUAUCAUGGCUGGUAAGGACUCGUACCCCACUCCCCAGCAAGUCACUCCUCCCCAUGCAUUUAAAAGUAUUUGAUUGGUGUAAGCAUGGGUUAGUGGGAGUUUCAACCAUAUUUCUUUGACCAUUCCUUUCCUAUUAAAUCCAUGAAGGGAAAUGAACACUUAGGGCAUUAGGGUUGAGAAUUGGGAUACAGAACAAGUGUUUUCCCUGAGUCCCUUAAGGUGUCCUCCUGAACUAAGUGGAUCUAACCUUGGCCUGUGUGUGUUCCAGGGGAGAGCACCUUCUUUGUAGAGCUGAGUGAGACUGCUAGUAUCCUCCAUCAUGGGACCAAGCACUCCCUGGUGCUGUUGGAUGAACUGGGUAAACAACACAUCUCUUAUCUAUUUGUCUCUCUUAGGUCUUUGUGUUGAGUUCAACAUGGUGUGGGUACUACAAGAAGACGUCUUAGUAGCCUUUGGGGUCAUCCUCCACUUCUGAGGCAUAGUUCUUUGGCAAGUUUCAGACCCAGUAUAAGCUUAGUUCUGGACUAAAAAGCAUGCUCAAUGGAGAUUCUCUAUUGAACAUACAUUUUAGUCAAAGUCUAGGCUUAAUCUGGGUCUGGGAAAUCAGCCCAUGAAGUUUAAGUGAGAGAGAAACUGAUCCAUUGUGUUGCAGGAAGGGGCACCGCCACAUAUGACGGCACAGCGAUAGCCAGUGCUGUGGUGAACGAGCUGGCAGAGAGGAUCUGCUGUCGGACCCUCUUCUCUACACAUUACCACUCCCUAGUAGAAGACUACACCAACAACCCUGCUGUACGGCUCGGACACAUGGUGAGGAGACACACCACACACAUAAGCAAGCUCAAUACGGUACACAGACAACAAUUCAAUGACAAAUAUUGUGCCUUCGGGUUUUAUACGGCUGGACACGUUAUUUUCGGCUCUGUCAAUCAAUCACAAAUUUGCAGACUUUUAUAGUAAUAUCAAAUAAUUUCUGGUUAACAAUUAAGUACUUUUCUAACCAGGUGUCCAUCCAACCUUUUUAUGCGAGUAACGUACAUGUCGGAUCAAAAAUUCCAUGACAGGCCUGAUGGAAACACAACAUUUUUCGGGAAACUUUCCAAAUGUCCCGCCCCCCCAAAAAUACGCUAGACAAUGUGGGAUCUUUUUGUGUCGGUAAAAUGAAUUAUGCAAGAAAUGUAGGCGGUAACACUUUUUAAAAUACGCAAAUAUUGAUAAUAACCAUCAUAUCGAAGUAAACUUGGAGUCACGCAAUGACAUGUUGUGGUCCUCCCAUUACGACUCGUCGGGAAAGCAUGCAGUUUAUUAGGCUACAGAUGAAAUGAUAAGUUAUGAUGAACUUUACAAGGUGAUGAUCUUGAUGCUCCUUUCCAAUAAAUAUUGAGGAUCUUAUUCGGAUGACAUGAUAAUCGAUACUUGGCUGUCGUUUGACAAAUAACAAUUCUUACACUUUUGUCCAUCAUAAUCUCAUCAUGUAGGCUAUAGCGCUGUUGGCUAGAGCGCACGUGCCAAUACCAGAGUGGGCACACUCGAUAUAUAACGCAAAAAGAAAUUGAGGAAAACCAUCAGUAGAGUUGAAAAUGCAAUGAAAAAGCCCCCACGGCCAAACCCUAACCCGGACAACACUGGACCAAUUGUGUGCCGUCCUAUGGGACUCCCGGUCACGGCUGGUUGUGACACAGCCCGGUAUCAAACUCCAGGCUGUAGUGAUGCCGCAACACUGCGAUGCACUGCCUUAAACUGCUGCGUCACUCUGGAGGCUGCGCAUAUUGUUCUUAUUCCGAUUUUUGAAUAUUUGCAUGAAAAUCGGUCACCAAUUGGAUAGAUUUCCAUUAAAAUUGGCAAAAUUUGCUUUUUAGCUAAACUUUUUCUCAAGCAAGAAUUUUCCUAGGACUGUCUGGGAGUGGGGAGGGGAAAACUGAAAACUAGCUAUUGGUCUAUUAACCAAUUUACCGCAUGGUGAUGUCACCAUGGAAAGCCGAAACUCCCACCCAUGCAAUUAGAAGGCUGAUUAGAAGGUCCUGUGUAGAUUGUAUUUUCAACCAGCAACUAUCAGGAAAUAACACUGCUCAAAUGUUUUCACACUUUUACAGUGUUCGUGUACAAUAUGAUAUAAAACAGAAUUUUGACUGCACUGGGCCUUUAAUCAACCAACCAGUCUUCCCCUAUCAGGCCUAUAUGGUGGAGAAGGAAGAAGAGGACCCUAGCCAGGAGACAUCGCCUUCCUCUAGAAGUUCAAGCAAUUAACCCAUUAAUUAACUAAUUACUCUGUCCCUCGCAGGCCUGUAUGGUGGAGAAUGAGGGAGAUGAGGACCCUAGUCAGGAGACCAUCACCUUCCUCUACAAGUUCAUUGCGGGAGCGUGUCCUAAAAGCUAUGGUUUCAACGCUGCUCGCCUCGCCAACCUGCCUGAGGAUGUUAUCCAAUCCGGCCACAGGAAGGCCAAGGAGUUUGAGAGGAGCACCAUCUCCCUACGAGUCUUCAAGUAUGUGGUAGAAGUACACUGAGUAUACCAAACAUUAGGAACACCUCCCCAAUAUUGAGUUACCCCCUCCCCUAUUACCAUACCCCAGUCCAAAGGCACUUAAAUGUUUUGUCUUGCCCAUUCACCCUCUGAAUGGCACACAUACACAAUCCAUGUCUCAAGGCUUAAAAAUCCUUCUUUAACCUGUCUCCUCCCCUUCAUGUACACUGAACAAAAAUGUAAAGUGUUGGUCCAUGUUUCAUGAGCUGAAAUAAAAGAUCCCAGAAAUGUUCCAUACACACACAAAGCUUAUUUCUCUCAAAUUGUGUGCACAAAUGUGUUUACAUCCCUGUUAGUGAGCAUUUCUCCUUUGCCAAGAUAAUCCAUCCACCUGACAGGUGAGGCAUAUCAAGAAGCUGAUUAAACCGCAUGAUCAUUACACAGGUGCACCUUGUGCUGGUGACAAGGCCACUCUAAAAUGUGCAGUUUUGGCAUACAACACAAUGCCACAGAUGUCUCAAGUUUUGAGGGAGCGUGCAAUUGGCAUGCUGACUGCAGGAAUGUCCACCAGAGCUGUUGCCAGAGAAUUUAAUGUAAAUUUCUCUACCAUAAGCCGCCUCCCAACGUCAUUUUAGAGAAUUUGGCAGUAUGUCCAACCGGCCUCACAACCGCAGACCGUGAAACCACGCCAGCCCAGGACUCCACAUCCGGCUUCUUCACCUGUGGGAUCGUCUGAGACCCGCCACCCGGACAGCUGAUGAAGCUGAGUUUGCACAUCCGACGAAUUUCUGCAUAAACUCAGAAACCGUCUCAGGAAGCUCAACUGUGUGCUCGUCGUCCUCACCAGGGUCUUGACCUGACUGCAGUUCGUGGUAACCGACUUCAGUGGGAAUAUGCUCACCUUCGAUGGCCACUGGCAUGCUGGAGAAGUGUGCUCUUCACGGAUGAAUCCCGGUUUCAACUGUACCGGGCAGAUGGCAGACGUUGUGGCGUUGUGUGGGCGAGCAGUUUGCUAAUGUCAGUGUUGUGAACAGAGUGCCCCAUGGUGGGGUUAUGGUAUGGGCAGGCAUAAGCUAUGGACAACGAACACAAUUAAAUUUUAUCUGCCAAUUUGAAUGCACAGAGAUACCGUGACGAGAUCCUGAGGCCCAUUGUCGUACCACUCAUCCGCCGCCGUCACCUCAUGGUUCAACAUAAUGCACAGCCCCAUGUCGCAAGGAUCUGCACACAAUUCUUGGAAGCUGAAAAAGUCCCAGUUCUUCCAUGGCCUACAUAGUCACCAGACAUGUCACCCAUUGAGCAUAUUUGGGAUGCUCUGGUUCGAGGUGUAUGACAGCGUGUUCCAGUUCCCGCCAGCCAUUCACACAGCCUUUAAAGAGUGGGACAACAUUCAACUCUAUGCAAAGGAGAUGUGUCGCGCUGCCUGAGACGGUCACACAAGAUACUGACUGGUUUUCUGAUCCACGCCCCUACCUGUGACCAACGGCUGCAUAUCUGUAUUCCCAGUAAUGUGAAAUCAAUUGAUUAGAGCCCAAUUUAUUUCAAUUGACUGAUUUCCUUAUGAACUGUAACUCAGUAAAAUCUUUGAAAUUGUUGCAUGUUAUUUUUGUUCAGUGUACAUAACAAGUGAUAUCAAUAAGGGAUCAUAGGUUUCACCUGGUCAGUAUGUGAUGGUAAGAGCAGGUGUUCUUAAUGUACUGCGUAUAUCUCAGUCUUCAAGUAUGUGUUAUACUGUAGUUACAUGUAGUAUGUUAUUUUUCCAUAUUUUUGCUCCACAGGAAGCUGUGUUUGUAUGCUGAAGACCCCAGAGCAGCCAGCACACAGUUUGCCUUGCUGGUCCGGAUGAUCGGCAACCUGUGAAGAUGAGGCUGUUUCGUUGAGGCUGUUUCGUUGUUGGGGCCUGUUCAAGAGAACGUUACACAACAUUCAGAUUAAAAAUGUAUCGAGUAGAACAGAAAUGAUUGUCAGAAUAGGAAAGUGUCAGCUCUAUUCAUUAUAUCUGCAACAUUUAAAACCUUUCACAUCCUUGAAUCCAUGUUUCGUUGUUUGUAGUUCUCUACUUGUUCUCAUUUAAAUUUUUUGUUCUCCACUUUCCACCAUCACAAAUCACUACUGUAUGAUCUAAUAAAGUUUAUUUAAAAAAAAAGACCACUUUUCUCUAUCUAGGAAAUUAAACCCUUUUAAUUAACACUAGCAUCUACAAAAUGAUUAUUGAAUACUCCACAAUAUAUUAAGUCUAGAUGUUAUGGUACAUGCAUACAAUUCAGGCUGUUUGAGAACCCACAGUCACCAAAACACAUGGAUGGGAAAGCAAUGAAAACCAUAUACUGCUGUUAUAUACUUAAAUGUCUCAGCUUUAUGUUCAGUAGAGCAAGAGCUUUACUUUAGAAAAAGAUCUCCGGCAAUGCUUUACUCCAAUGUGAAAAUAUUUGCGCUAGCCUGGUCCCAGAUCUGUUUGUGUGGCAUUGCGGGAAACGAGUUUGCAAGACGGCACAAACAGAUCUGGGACCAGGCUAGAAAAGCGCCAUGUUAACCAGGACAGCCUGGGCCUUGGAGCCUAACUAGACAGCUGUGAGUUCACAAGACUUGGGGCUGGAUUCAAUCCGUAUCGCAGAAGAUCUGCAUUAUAGUUCGAUUGAAAUUUAAAGGCAAUGUUCCUACGUUCGGCGACGUCAUUGACGGUAAAUCAGAAAUUACCUUUACAUUAUAACGCGGAAGGUACGGAUUGAAUCCAGCCCUUAAUACUUGUCAUUUAUACUGAUGUUUACCUCCAGUAUGGUCCAAAUAAUAGGAAAUCUGUAGGGAAGCAUUCAUGGUUCCUUAACUCCAGUGCGGACAAAUAUUGCAGACAAAUAAAAAGGUGUUUGGGUGUUCAAAGAGUCAAAACAAAACUGGCGACAGUUCUAAAAGCUUUUAACAAGACCACUGUAUUUUUUGCACCUUUUCUCUCAAGUCUCAUUUAAAAUAGUCAACAUUGCUGGAGAAAAUGUUGCUUUCUCUUUCACAGAAAGAAUGUAGAUACGUACACUUACAGCAAGUCUGGGGGGAUGGGUAAUAACCCAAAAAACAAAAUUAAUAUAUUUAAUAAAAUAAGACAUUCAAGUACAGUAACAUUUUUGCAUGAAAAUACAAAACUACAUGAGAAAAGCAUUUAAAAUAUUUUUCUUAAAAAAAAAACACUGAAGUGCUAGGACAUAUUCUUCUGUAACCAUACAUACACCAGCACAAUGGUUUGUUGCUGGAGACAGAAACAGUGUGUGGCGAGACUGCCUCCUCCGCCUGAGGAACUAGUUCCUCGUAUGGCUCUGAGCGUUGCAAUGCCGUUAUGCCACCAUCAAUGGCUCUGUACAAUAACUGCAGUCUGACUUCACUUGCCCACUUCGCAAAGGCAGGCAAGGAGGGGCAUUAUAAUGAUGGCUAGUGUCCAUCCAUCUCUCCACAGCUCCACUAUAAAAGCUGCAAUGCUUCCCAUGAAUUCUCCAACCUGAGUCAAUAUCUGUCUGAAAUGGCACCCUAUUGCCUUCAUAGGGCACUACUUUUGACUAGGUCUAUGCCUAUGAAGGGAAUAAGAAUACCCAUUUGUCUGCACACAUAGUCCCAUCCAUCACCGACCAAGUCCCAUUGCCUCCUCGUCAAUACGUUGCUGGGAAGGAAAAUAAAAAGGGAGAAGCGGGACAGGCGGGCAGUGCAUCCACAGCAGAAAUGUCAUAUAUAUAUAUGUAAAUGUCUCCUUUCAGCUCGUCUUUGUCCAUCACGACUUCCAUUUUUUCAUAUUUCUUUAAAGUCAUUUUUACAUUGUGUGAUAUUUAUAAGUUUGUAUUGUAUUGUAUUUUUCCUCCUCCCCAUGGGUGGACUAGUUAGCUGAACAAACAGGAGUCUCUGUCCAAAAUGGCACCCUAUUCCCUACAUAGUGCACUACUUUUGCCCAGGGCCAGCAUAGGGUCCUAGUCAAAAGUAGUGCACUAUAUAGGGAAUAGGCCUGGAAGGGUCCGGAGGGGGGAAGUCCAGGGGUCCAGCUCAGUUGUGUUGCAGCGUAUUGGACUCUAUAGGAGGGGCUGAGUCGUACAGUGUGUCUGUGUCGUGCGUGGGCUCUCCGGCUAGUGUGCAGGGGUUUGACAACGUCCCGGCUCCACAGUCACAGAAAAAUCUACAGCCAAGACAAAAUCAAUUAUUUUUGUUAUCUACAGAUCCAACUGGAUAUCUGCUAGUAUUUCAGUUGCUACUUGAUCAGCUGAUAGUUUCGUCUUUCACGUCAUGUCAUUUCCAGCAUAAUUAUCUUAAAGUCAAUUACUGACGAUAUACUAACAGAUUUGAAUGCAACAUUUCAUUUGGCACAGGAGGAAGAGGUUCUGCAACAUAAAACCAGAUAUCAUUUGAAUACCUGGAAAGUCAUUUAGCAUGAAGUAUUGCUGUAAUAUACAGUGCGUGUGUGUAUGGGUCUCAUUAACAAGAGAAUAGUAACAUACCUAUCAUGCCUAAUGAACUCGACGUCGUGCCCCUGGUGGCACUUCUUGAUGCAGUUCACACAGAUGGCGUUGCGGUCUGUUGUGUUACAGGUGUGACACCUGACCAGACGGAGGGACAGAACAAAGAAACAGGUGAUGAGCCGAAAGAGUUGGAGGUUACAUCGAUUAAAGUGGACAGGUGGGGCCUGUUGCAGAAAGCUGGAUCAAUGAGUUAGCCAGCUAACUGUCCAACAUUGCUUGAAAUAACGUUUUCUUUGAGAAAUAUAGAACAUAGCAUUCUCAAUUCAACCAGAAAGUCAAGAGUUAUAUGUGGCUGUUUAUCAAAGUUGAAAUGGCUAACUUAAUAAUCCUGCUUUCUGGAAAACCCCACUGGUUUAAGUUAGAUAUAUAUGGUAAGAAAUUAUUACCUGUAAAAAUCGUGCAUUGGAUAGCUGGUGUAACUUGAAAUCUUGUACAGGCACUGACCUCUGCUCACAGCUUUUUCAAUGGCAUCUUGAUUGUUCAUUAUUUUGUUAUCUGGGGGAGACAGGAGGACAGGUGUGGUUGGAUCAGACCAGGUACAGAUAAGAAAAAGUCAUGAAGAGGCAAUUUAAGAUAAUUCCAUUUUGAAAAAUAGAAUAACUGAUGUAAGUUGAUCCUACAAUGCUAGAUUCCUGGAAUAAAACAUCCACAAAUCACAUCAUGGUGACACAUUGUCCUUCACUUUACCUUUCAUUGUAACGUUGACACCAGAUGCGAGAAACAAUCCUCCAAAGCGGUUAUUGAAGAUCUGAUUGCCUUCCAGGGUUGCCGUGGCAUGAUUCGUGAUCUCAAUACCUAGUGGACAGAGACGGGUCAGGAUCAGCGUGGAGAUUCAGGCCCAUUCCCAAAUGGACCCGAAGCCCUAUGCACUUUUGGAGAUCUAAGAGGAUUUGAUUGGUAUAAGCAACAUGGUGAAACUUCCACAUAGCCUAGCAAGGUGGAGCUAUUCCCAUAUUGCUUACACUGGUCAAAUUAUCUUUGAUCUCCACAAGCGCAUAGGGCUCCAUUUUGGAUUGGGCCUCACUCUGUCUACAAUUAACAUUUACAAAUGACUGUCUACUAUUAAUCAAAAGGACUCAAAGCAAAAUACUGCUCGGUCGUGUUCAUUAGGGCACACAAUGGGGAAACUUUUUUUGCAACAGAAAAUUAGAAUUUCUUAUCGGACAAAUCCAGGUAGUCCCUCCCUCUCGUUUCAUUCUGCUUUCCACCAUAUGGUGCCUAAUGAACACGACCUGGAUUGAACCCUGCUUUCUAGCAUAGCGUUGCCCACCUGCAGCAAAGCCGUCAAAUAUCCUGUUCUUCCUCAGGAUGGGAUGGCUGUUGGUGCUGAUGAGGACUCCUGCCUGGGCGUUCCUGAAGAUAUCGUUCUCCUCCAGUAAACCUCGUCCUCCGUUGAAUAUACAGAUCCCUCCGUCUCUCCCGUCGUGGAUCUUAUUCCUUCGGAGGGUGGGGUUGCUGUCAGUCUUUAUCCACACCCCUGCCAUAGCGUUGUCAAAGAUCUCAUUGUCCUCGAUGAAGCCCAAACCUGAAACAGAGUCAAGAUAUCAGCCAAGAGGUCUCCCUUUCAUUUAUCAUGGUUAGAGGGUUCAUGAGGGAGCAUUUGAGUGACACUGGAAUUUGAUGGGUCCACUUCACUCAGAACCUGUGAGUCCAGGGUGUCUUCACUGUUCCGCACAUGAAUUUAAAAUGUAGAAAGGUACACAAGAUCAAGCUGUGCGAGAGGAGAAUGGAUGGAUAAAGAAAGAAUUAUAGAUGAUGGUUUCUCACCUGAGUUGUAAACCAGAAUGCCUCCAUUUUGACCUCCCCAGAUCUUGUUCCGUCUGAUUUUGGGAUUGCUGCCAGUUCUGUUACAGUGGGAAACAUUAACCAGCAAUCAAUCAAUGCAUAUAAUAAAGAAUAUUUAAAAAAUCAAUAGUGCUAUAACAAGAAAGCAUAGCACUGUGAUAUAUUACAACAUGCACUACAUGAUCUACACAGGUUGCCAUUAGAUCCCAUUGUAUGGUUGGCCAUUCAUUUUGAGUUCCAGCUCUCUCACUGACCUGAUUUGAACUCCGGAGUACAUGUGGUUGUAGAUAUCAUUGUCCUCCAACACUCCAUGGCCGUUGUCGUAGAAGUAGACGCCAACCUGUAUGACAAGGGAAGUGUUUAGUUUGCAGGUUAUUGUCAAAUUUCAUUAAAUUCAUAUGUGAGAGAUGAGUGACCCAUAGAGCCAUCUGAAUAGACAGACUGGUCUCUCCAUCUCCGUACCUGUUUCCCACUGUGUAUCCUGUUCCUCCUGAGGACAGGUGUGCUUCCUGUGGUCACCCACACUCCUGCCAGCGUGUUGCUGUACACCUCAUUCUCCUCGAUCACCCCCUGUCCCUUUUCAUGCUACAGGGGAGAGACACACAGAUUAAUUACAUUACUAAUAACCUUAUCCAAAGAGAACUGUCCCGUCUUUCAGAGUCCACUGACUACAAGAUGGCUCUGUAUCAAUUUACAUUUUAGUCAUUUAGCAGUCUCUUUUCCAGAGCAACUUACAGGAGCAAUUAGGGUCAAGUACCUUGCUCAAGGGCACAUCGGCAGAUUUUUCACCUAGUCAGCUUGGGGAUUCGAACCAGCGACCUUUCGGUUACUGACCCAUCGCUCUUAACCGCUUGGCUACCUGCCUAGCGGUUAAGAGCAUUUUAUUUUCAGACACUAAUGUGGUGGGCUCAUAGUAGUUAAAGAUGCUAAAGGUUUGCAAAUAAACCACAGCUACAGUGAGGGAAAAAAGUAUUUGAUCCCCUGCUGAUUUUGUACGUUUGCCCACUGACAAAUACAUGAUCAGUCUAUCAUUUUAAUGGUAGGUUUAUUUGAACAGUGAGAGACAGAAUAACAACAAUAAAAAUCCAGAAAAACGCAUGUCAAAAAUGUUAUAAAUUGAUUUGCAUUUUAAUGAGGGAAAUAAGUAUUUCACCCCUCUGCAAAACAUGACUUAGUACUUGGUGGCAAAACCCUUGUUGGCAAUCACAGAGGUCAGACGUUUCUUGUAGUUGGCCACAAGGUUUGCACACAUCUCAGGAGGGAUUUUGUCCCACUCCUCUUUGCAGAUCUUCUCCAAGUCAUUAAGGUUUCGAGGCUGACGUUUGGCAACUCCUUCAGCUCCCUCCACAGAUUUUCUAUGGGAUUAAGGUCUGGAGACUGGCUAGGCCACUCCAGGACCUUAAUGUGCUUAUUGAGCCACUCCUUUGUUGCCUUGGCUGUGUGUUUUGGGUCAUUGUCAUGCUGGAAUACCCAUCCACGACCCAUUUUCAAUGCCCUGGCUGAGGGAACGAGGUUCUCACCCAAGAUUUGACGGUACAUGGCGCCGUCCAUCGUCCCUUUGAUGCGGUGAAGUUGUCCUGUCCCCUUAGCAGAAAAACACCCCCAAAGCAUAAUGUUUCCAUCUCCAUGUUUGACGGUGGGGAUGGUGUUCUUGGGGUCAUAGGCAACAUUCCUCCUCCUCCAAACACGGCGAGUUGAGUUGAUGCCAAAGAGCUCGAUUUUGGUCUCAUCUGACCACAACACUUUCACCCAGUUCUCCUCUGAAUCAUUCAUCUGUUCAUUGGCAAACUUCAGACGGGCCUGUAUAUGUGCUUUCUUGAACAGGGGGACCUUGCGGGCGCUGCAGGAUUUCAGUCCUUCUCGGCGUAGUGUGUUACCAAUUGUUUUCUUGGUGACUAUGGUCCCAGCUGCCUUGAGAUCAUUGACAAGAUCCUCCUGUGUAAUUCUGGGCUGAUUCCUCACCGUUCUCAUGAUCAUUGCAACUCCACAAGGUGAGAUCUUGCAUGGAGCCCCAGGCCGAGGGAGAUUGACAGUUCUUUUGUGUUUCUUCCAUUUGCGAAUAAUCGCACCAACUGUUGUCACCUUCUCACCAAGCUGCUUGGCGAUGGUCUUGUAGCCCAUUCCAGCCUUGUGUAGGUCUACAAUCUUGUCCCUGACAUCCUUGGAGAGCCCAAUGGUCUUGGCCAUUGUGGAGAGUUUGGAAUCUGAUUGAUUGAUUGCUUCUGUGGACAGGUGUCUCAGCUCAGCUCGUUACCUGUAUAAAAGACACCUGGGAGCCAGAAAUCUUUCUGAUUGAGAGGGGGUCAACUACUUAUUUCCCUCAUUAAAAUGCAAAUCAAUUUAUAACAUUUUUGACAUGCGUUUUUCAGGAUUUUUUGUUGUUAUUCUGUCUCUCACUGUUCAAAUAAACCUACCAUUAAAAUUAUAGACUGAUCAUUUCUUUGUCAGUGGGCAAACGUACAAAAUCAGCAGGGGAUCAAAUACUUUUUUCCCUCACUGUAUAAGUCUCAUAAGUAUUUGCUACACAUUUGACUACAUGUUAUUUUUAAAAUACACAUUUAAAAUAGGUUCUAAAAAGCCCUACUUACCACAUAGAUGCCCCCGUGCUGUCCGUCGUGGAUCUUGUUGUGUCGUACGAUGGGGCAGCUGUUUGUCCUGAUCUGGAUCCCUGCCAAGGCGUUACCGUAGAUAUCGUUCCCCUCGAUGAGGCCUCGCCCAUCACCGAAUAUGUAAACUCCGCCUUGGUUACCGUUGAAGAUGGCAUUGCCCCUGUGAUUGACCCAACGUGGAAAAAUUUCACAAUUGAGUAUCCAUUUACACAUCAGAAUCAAUUCAACUUAAUAUGGGUUAUAUAACAGACAAAAAGAGAGUGAGCGAAGUAGAAAAAGGGAAAGAGAGGGGGGGGGGAGAGAAAGAGAGGAGAGAGAGAGGAGAAAGAGAGAAAGUGUUUGACUGUAAAACCCCACUGACCUUAUUGUAGGAUCACUAUUGGAGGUAAUCCACACUCCAGCAAAGUUGUUUGCAUAGAUCUUGUUCUCGAUGAACUGUCCUCGGCCCUUCUCGUGCACGUAGAUCCCUCCCGUCUGCCCAUGGUGGAUCUCACAGCGCACUACCGUGGGGUUGGCGUACGCCUUCACCUCGAAGCCAGCUAUGCGGUUCCUGUGGAUGUUGCAGCUCUCAAAGUAGCCCUGCAGGGGGUGACAGUCACAGUCAGUCAAAAUAAUCAGAAUGCCAAGGCUCUUUCUCAAUUAAUCUUUUCUCGAUUCGUCGCAUCCUCUCUCCUCGCCUCCUUUCCCAAAAGUAUUGGAGAAGGUGAGACGGGAGGAACCUUGGACCUUCUCUAAUACGUUUCAGAAGAGCAAGGUGUUAAACUGUUCUUUCCUCUUGAGAAAAUUGCCUCAAUCCUUAUGUAACCAAGCUACAGUGUGAGUAGGAAUACAUUUACAUGUUUUUAAAAGGGAAAAGCUGUGGAUUAAGGCUUAUGUAACUAAAAUCAGUGGUGGGUCUCUAAAACCUACACAUGGAUUAAACUGCAAGCCAACACUUCUCUUUAAGAACAAGAAACGGCUGCAGACUGAGUUUGAUAAGUCAGCUGAGUGUCUACAGUAGAGACUAAGGUUCUUCCUCAAUUAUUCUUUCCUUGUUACCUAGCAUCCGCUCCUUCUCAAAACACAUUGGAGAAGAAGGUCAGAGGGGAGAGACCUUGGACUUUCUCCUGCAAUACUGUUGAGAAGGAGGUGAGACGAUGCAAGAGAUGAAUUGAGAUAGUGCCUUAAGUCACUACUGUAGACACUGAGCUGGCCUCAGUGGUAGCCAGACCAGAGACCAGACCAAUAUGGAGUGUCAUCUCAGUGGUAGCCAGACCAGACCAAUAUGGAGUGUCAUCUCGGUGGUAGCCAGACCAGACCAAUAUGGAGUGUCAUCUCGGUGGUAGCCAGACCAGACCAAUGGAGACCAGACAAAUAUCAUCUCACCAUGCCGUGGUCGAAAGUGAAGACGCCCACAUCUCUUCCGUGGUGGAUGUGGUUCCGUCUGAUGAUGGGGUUGCCGUGGUUUUUCACCCAGAUUCCAGCCAGUGCGUUGUUGGAGAUCUCGUUGUCCUCGUAGAUUCCCUGGAAACACAGAGAGUGUCAGUUUCACAGCAGAAUCUUGGAACUGGGAUGAUUUGAGUAAUCAAGUGCCAUAAGGAAAGAGCAGUGCGUGUGUGUUCGUUACCUACCUGUGCAUGGUCGGUGAUGUAAAGCCCCACGUUCUCACAGUCGCUGAUGUUGCAGUGUCUGAUACUGGGACAAGCUCCCUGGCCACUCACACAGACCGCUGAGCCCACUGAAACAAACAGGAGUAGAGCCAGCCAGGUGAACAUGCUAGAGCCCGGUGUAUCAACUACGUUAGACUUCUCAGACAGAUACCCACGCAAUGUCUCAAUUGAAUAUGUUGAAGACACUGUGUCAAAAUAGCUAGCAUAGCUCCAGAAUUAUUUUGAAGAGUAGAACCCUAUGAGCUAUGAUAAUUAUUAUGCAUUUGGGAGUCAAAAUGCGAUCCAAAAUGAAAAGGCCCUAUAAUAACAAAAUCAAUUAAUUCCCAAUAAUUAGACUGCACUAGGUGGGUCUGAGUUGCUAAGACUAUGCUUAAUGAAUGGCAUGUAGGUCUGUGGAGAGAUGGAGACAUUGUGUUGUAAGGUACCUGUGCAAGUGCUGCGUAUGAUGCAGUGGUCAAUGAUGGGGCUGCAGUUGACUGUAAUCUCCAGGCAGUGGUGGGCGUUGUGGUGCUGGGCAGACUUAUCAUCAGGAUUAAACUAAAGGACGACAAACAUAAGGGAGUUAGACAAGUUUAUUACAUGACUAAGAUAUUACUAAGAUAUGACUAACGUCAGGCUAAAAGUGGAUAAAAGCUUCUGCUAAAUGGCAUAUAUUAUAUUACUAAGAUAUGAGUCAUAUUCAUAACAUAUGACUAACAACCACAACUGAUAUAAUGUCAAGACUUCCCUUUGUUUUAGACCAGCUGUAUUUACAAUGAGAUGUGGACCACUCAUGUACAGAGUUCAGGCAUACACAAACAGUCAGCUAGGCUAGAGUCAUAUUACAUAAGUAAUGGAUAAUAUCUGACCUUGAUGGUCAUGUAGCCAACGUAUGCGUCCUCCGAGCCCUCCAUGAAGACAAACGUGGAGUCUCUGGUGUUCUCAAUGAUCACUUUGUCUGCUACUUUACCAGGUGCUGUUGAAAAAUUAACGUUGUUAGGGUUAAAAGGGCAAGGUUAAAAAGACAACAUCGGGCUAAAAGUGUCCAGCAAUGACAAUCAAUUAACCUAGUUAAUAGGUCAAGUGGUAUAACUCAGAGUGGGUACUUGGCCUAUCCACAGGGGGUACUUGAGGAGACUCAUGAGACCAUAGGCCUACAGGCAGAGCAAAAUUCAUUUGGUGGUACCAAAAAAGGUUGGGAACCACUGGUACAGAUAGACAACAAACAGACAGUAUGGUACAGAUAGACAACAAACAGACAGUAAGUCAACUCAAUAAUGAAUACGUACCAGCUCCGAUCAUUGUGAUGGGUGACUCUAUGUAGAUCCACUCGUCAGUGUAGACCCCAGAGUGGACGAAUAUGAGGCCGUCAAAGUGGGCCUCCUGUACACCCCCCAGGGCAUCUUCUAUGGUGUCAUAGUACUGAGGAAGAGGCAGCACAGAGAAGUGUGUUAGAGCCAAGUCAUGAUGACCAAUCACUCGAUAACAACCUUAAAACAAACAGAACUCUGGGCCAGUUUCCCAGAUUAAGAAGCCUAGUCCUAAUCUAAAACGCUAGGCCUAUAUCAAUUGAGAUUAUUCAUUCAGUGUGCAUUUUAGUCCAGCUCUAGGCUCAAUCUGUGUCAAGGAAACUGGCCCUUAAACUCUCUGAAACAACCAAAAACUCUUACAAGCAUGUUCUCUCUUCCUUUGUAUCUGGCAGGAUUACUGUAGAAGUGUUCCGCGAAGCCCGUCUUCACGUGUGCUCCUUUAUACUGAAAACAAAAAAAGAUAACGAAUCUAGCCAUUGUUAUUAUAGCACAGUAACACUUAUGGUGGGAUUCCUUCUAGAAUCACAGCAAUCUCAAGUGAUAUUAGACUCCACUGGGACUACCUGCGCCAUAGAAUUAGAAUGACUGGGACACUGUUCUAACAUGCAUACUUCUGAACAAGCUAUUGACAGUUUGUUUUAGCAGCAGAGGUAGUAUCUACAGUGCAUUCAGAAAGUAUUCAGAUCCCUUGACUUUUUCCACGUUUUGUUAUAGCCUUAUUCUAAAAUUGAUGAAAUUGUUUUUUUGUCCUCAUCAAUCUACACACAAUACUCCAUAAUGACAAAGCAAAAACAGGUUUACAUAAGUAUUCAGACCCUUUGCUUUGAGACUCUAAAUUGAGCUCAGGUGCAUCCUGUUUCCAUUGAUCAUCCUUGAGAUGUUUCUACAACUUGAUUGGAGUACUUUUUAUUUAUUUAUCUAAAAACCUGUUUUCACUUUGUCAUUAUGGGGUAUUGUGUGUAGAUUGAUGAGGGAAAAAAGCAAUUUCAUCCAUAUUAGAAUAAGGCUGUAACAAAAUGUGGAAAAAGUCAAGGGGUCUGAAUACUUUCUGAAUGCACUGUUUAUGGUUGAGUAACAGUAACAGUUAGGACAGUGAGGGUUUACAGAGGUCAGAGAGUAACAGCUAAGAGGAUAGUGAGGGUUUACAGAGGUCAGAGAGUAACAGCUAAGAGGAUAGUGAGGGUUUAACGAGGUCAGAGAGUAACAGCUAAGAGGAUAGUGAGGGUUUACAGAGGUCAGAGAGUAACAGCUAAGAGGAUAGUGAGGGUUUACAGAGGUCAGAGAGUAACAGCUAAGAGGAUAGUGAGGGUUUACAGAGAUCAGAGAGUAACAGCUAAGAGGAUAGUGAGGGUUUACAGAGGUCAGAGAGUAACAGCUAAGAGGAUAGUGAGGGUUUACAGAGGUCAGAGAGUAACAGCUAAGAGGAUAGUGAGGGUUUACAGAGGUCAGAGAGUAACAGCUAAGAGGAUAGUGUGGGUUUACAGAGGUCAGAGAGUAACAGCUAAGAGGAUAGUGAGGGUUUACAGAGCUCAGAGAGUAACAGCUAAGAGGAUAGUGAGGGUUUACAGAGGUCAGAGAGUAACAGCUAAGAGGAUAGUGAGGGUUUACAGAGGUCAGAGAGUAACAGCUAAGAGGAUAGUGUGGGUUUACAGAGGUCAGAGAGUAACAGCUAAGAGGAUAGUGUGGGUUUACAGAGGUCAGAGAGUAACAGCUAAGAGGAUAGUGAGGGUUUACAGAGGUCAGAGAGUAACAGCUAAGAGGACAGUGUGGGUUUACAGAGGUCAGAGAGUAACAGCUAAGAGGAUAGUGUGGGUUUACAGAGGUCAGAGAGUAACAGCUAAGAGGACAGUGUGGGUUUACAGAGGUCAGAGAGUAACAGCUAAGAGGACAGUGAGGGUUUACAUGGGUCAGAGAGUAACAGCUAAGAGGACAGUGAGGGUUUACAGAGGUCCGAGAGUAACAGCUAAGAGGAUAGUGAGGGUUUACAGAGGUCAGAGAGUAACAGCUAAGAGGAUAGUGAGGGUUUACAGAGGUCAGAGAGUAACAGCUAAGAGGAUAGUGAGGGUUUACAGAGGUCAGAGAGUAACAGCUAAGAGGAUAGUGAGGGUUUACAGAGGUCAGAGAGUAACAGCUAAGAGGAUAGUGAGGGUUUACAGAGGUCAGUGAGUAACAGCUAAGAGGAUAGUGUGGGUUUACAGAGGUCAGAGAGUAACAGCUAAGAGGAUAGUGUGGGUUUACAGAGGUCAGAGAGUAACAGCUAAGAGGAUAGUGUGGGUUUACAGAGGUCAGAGAGUAACAGCUAAGAGGAUAGUGUGGGUUUACAGAGGUCAGAGAGUAACAGCUAAGAGGAUAGUGAGGGUUUACAGAGGUCAGAGAGUAACAGCUAAGAGGAUAGUGAGGGUUUACAGAGGUCAGAGAGUAACAGCUAAGAGGAUAGUGUGGGUUUACAGAGGUCAGAGAGUAACAGCUAAGAGGAUAGUGAGGGUUUACAGAGGUCAGUGAGUAACAGCUAAGAGGAUAGUGUGGGUUUACAGAGGUCAGAGAGUAACAGCUAAGAGGAUAGUGUGGGUUUACAGAGGUCAGAGAGUAACAGCUAAGAGGAUAGUGAGGGUUUACAGAGGUCUGAGGUGAGAGGUAAUAGUGACGACAGUGAGGGUAGAGGUCAGAGGUAACAGUUUGUAAACCAUCACUCUCCUGAGAUCAGAGGUGAGAGGUAACAGUGACGACAGUAGAGGGUAUAGAGGUCAUUGGUCAUAGUCCUACCAGCUGCUGAAAGCUCUCUUUCCACGGGUUGGGCUGCUCGUACUCCUCUGGGUUAAUCUGGAAGAACUUCCCCGCCUCAGGGUGCAUCAUGGGACGUGUGUACUCAAACACCUCCAUGUACAGCCUCUUCCUGUGAAGCAAAGCAAGGCACACAGACACCAUCAGACCGGGUUACUUUACGCGAUAACACUCGGUGGGGGGGGCAGGAGGGAAAGACAUGGUGCGUGUUCCAGACUGUGCAGAAUCACUGAUCUACGAAUCACCUUGCAUCCCAAAUUGACAACUCACUAUGUGAUCAAGAUUAGAUUCUGUGCAUCGGCUUGCUCAAACUGCUGAUUAGCUGAGUGGUGCGGGAGGGAAAGGGAUGCGGGAGGGACUUGAAUGGGGAUGUCCAUCCAGACUGACGGAACAACAGAGACGGAACGACAGACAAUGUCUCACCAUCCAGACACAAACAGACAGAGACACAGGGACAGCCAAACAGCCACUCACCAGAGGAUGGGAUCAUUGGCCAGUUCGCUGAAGCGUUUGCAGACACAUGCUGCGCGACACAGGUCCUGCUCCAAAAGGUAGGAGAAGAUCUUCAGAACCACCUCGUCUGGCAGCUUCUCCUGGAGGUAGUGCUCCGCCGGCGCUGCUAG